AAAGCAAUGCUGCUGAUAACAAUGAUUCAAUAUUAGUUAUUAAAGUGGACGAUGAUGAAGAAGAGUCUAGUAAUAGACCGAAAGAAACUAUCAACAUUAAGCUCCAGCGAAUGAUAAAUUGA